AGAUCAUUCUUUGUGUUCUUUGUUCCAUAAUGUCAGUUAAUGCAUUUACAAGUGAUGAUUUUUUCUAUUAAUUUAUUUAUUAAAAAUUUUGACAACAUGACAAAGACUUGAAAGUUGAAGUAAAUGUGGUCAACUUAACAGUCUCACUGUACAAACUACAAGAACAAACAAUGCUACGCUGUUUUGAACCUAUGAAAGACUAGGAUCCUACAGCAUAGGACUAGGAGACAUCUUUAGGUCUUCAUAUAUUUUGAGAAGCCAACAUGCCACCUGUGAGGCUGUGAGCAAGCCAUUGUCUGCCUGCAGCCUGAUGGCUGAUGCCUGCACAACAGUAAUUGACUUGUCAUUUUUAUUUGUUAUGAUUUUAUAAUAUUAACUCCAAGAUCAGGCUCAGCCACAAAUCCCACAAUGGACCACAGAGAGCUCAUUGCUGAAAUGGCCUACAUUGAGAAACUCUCAACUCAAGAGCGACUCAAAUUGGCUCGUCGGCGGCGCAUCCAGCAGCUGAAAAAACACCACCAGCUGGAGAAGGAAAGUCUCAGUGCCAGCAAGAGGGAGAAGACCAAGCAGAAUGAAGCAUACAAGCGCCGCCGUCAGAACAGCAAACGAGUUGUGUUUGUUUCCAGUGUCAUGUUGCUGGAGGCAGCUGCAAGGAAUGAUAUUGAUGAAGUGCGAGAACUACUGCAGUCAGGCUCAGUGUCUCCGAAUGCCACCAAUGAGGAUGGUUUGACUGCCCUGCAUCAGUGCUGUAUUGAUGACAGUGCAGAGAUGCUAACUCUACUGCUACACUAUGGCGCUGAUGUCAAUGCUGCCGACAGCGAGAAGUGGACGCCAUUGCACGCAGCUGCCACAUGUGGCCACCUGCACCUCGCGCAGCUCCUUGUGCAGCACGGCGCCAACCUUCUCGCGGUGAACGCGGACGGCAAUAUGCCAUAUGACAUCUGCGAGGACGACGCGACGCUCGAUUACAUCGAGUGCGAGAUGGCACGUCGCGGCGUCACGCAGGCUAUGAUCGAUGAGACCCGCACCACCACAGAGACCGCCAUGCUCGACGAGCUCAAGCUCAUGCGCGAUAACGGAGAGUCGCUUCUUGUGCGCGAUCAUCAGAACGCUACUCCGUUGCACGUGGCAGCUGCCAACGGCUACAUGCGCGUGUGCGAGUUUUUGCUGUCACACAACUUCCCGCUGGAGCUGCGCGACGCCGACGACUGGACGCCACUGCACGCCGCCGCAUGCUGGGGACACCCUGACGUGCUGGAGCUGCUGGUGCUACACGGCGCCAAUUUGCACGCGCGCAACAAACAUCAGGAGACGCCCUACGACAUCUGCGAGGACCAAGACCUCAGGGAGCGUCUGCUGCAGCUGCUCACCGAGCAGGAGACCCGCAGGCUUGGUGACCACCGCGGCAGGAUUCGUCGCGGUCACAGCGCCAACACGCGCACGCAGUCGGUGCGUCGGACCAGCAUCAGGGAGAAGUGCCUCGCCACCAAGCGCGAGGCUCAAGAGGAAGCAAGAAUGCGCUUGUCAGGAGGUGCCACGAGUACCCCUAAUGGUGCUGUCAUUAAUGGGAACAAUCUCUUCUGGGACAAUAAAGACGAUUCUGAAGUUAAUGACAUGAACAGUGACGCCGCUUCUGAUGACGGCAAGAGAGAAGACGAGCUAGUUGACGAGCAGAUAAAAUCAUCUGACGUCAAAGAAAAAGACAACGUUGAGCAAGGGUCUACUGAUGAUGUUGAUUCUCCUAGAUAUUUGUCUGUAAUCUCGAAAAAAACCCACGAGUACAAACACUUAUCAGAUCGAUCUGAAGAUGGGAACUCCACCAAUGAUGCAAAUAAUUCUCCAUCUGACCAUGAUUCAGUAGAACGUUUGUCACCGAGACAACAGAACGAAUCGCCACCUCUUGGCUACUCCGAAGCUAGCGUGCGCAGAACCAGUGUCAGUCGUUCUGCUUUAAGUGUCAGUAAAAAGCCUAAACAGGAGAGCGAUUAUGGGAGUUCCUUCUACAAUCGCUCAUGGGAAGAUACGGAGAGUAAUGAAGCUGAUGAUGUCAGAACUGUAGAACCUGCUGGUUCAAAAAUUCCAGACGACGAAGAAGAGAUUUACUACGAUGACAGUGUGAACAGCGGCUACAGCAACAGCGACCUUGUAUUGUCUCAUUUCGGCCCAAACGCAGACGCUAUCAAGAAGAUCCAGUCUCUCUCUGACGUUUACGUCCCUAAUAGUCGGACGCCCUCUUCUGGUUACUCUUCAGAAACUGUUUCUAUCGGCCCUCACACCGGUAUGAAAGACGUGACUGAUUCACCUGAUUUAUCAACUGAUAAAUUGCAUUCACAGUCCAGUAUAGUUACGAAUUUUCCCUCUGUGGUUACAGAUCGUAACCAGGAAGCAGAAAAUGCUUUACAAGGGAAUGCCAAUUUCAGCGUCAUGGAAGACGUACAAUCAAGGACAGUAAGUAGACAAAUGUGGGUUGCUGAGGAUAACUGCGAACGAUCAUCUGAGCCUGAUAUUGGUCAGGGAUCGAUUAGAAAUAUGGAUGGAGGUAUUUCUCCUUUUGAUCGAUCAAAUGAGCGAGGACUGCUAACCAACGCUGAAGACUCCGUAGUGCCACUACUCGACCCUCAGCCUGAUCUGAUUCCAGAAAGUGCUCGUCGCAAACCUGCUCCUAAGCCUCCGCAGAAACCACCCAACCUCAUAGCUGGAAUUUCUCCUCUGCUUCAAAUUGCCAACACCCAAUCCAAGCCAAUUUCCUCAACUGUGAUUGCUUCAGCCUCUCGACAGUCUACGGUGACAGUCUCACACGCGACGCAAGUCUCCUCCAACAUGGAAAUGCGUUCGACGUCGGCAGCUGCUGUCCCGCCGCCGCCAAGCGAGUUGCACGCCAAGCUCGACAAUGUUGUAACUAUCAAUUCUCCAUUAGAAGGAUCCUUGGCACUGGAAAGACGGUCGUUACAAACACGGCCCGUACCUCCGCCCAGAACCUCCUCCAUCAAGAGUGAUGACGGCGAGCAAGAGGCUUCGGCCGUCACUACCAUCACUUCGAAAGCCACUGAACAUCACACAUUGAAAGAAAUUGCCGAGCCGCGACUUGAGUCUGGUUAUGGUAUCUCAGAAGUAAGUAUUCCAGAAAGUCAAUUGCAAGUCAAGAGUCCUGCUAUUUUUGACUCUCAGCUUAAUUCCGGCGGUAACAAUGCUAUCGAUAUCCACGUCACAGUUACAGUAAAACCCUUAGCUCCUGGUACCUUAGCAGACUUGAAGCAGCAACGCGCCUUGAGCAGAGGACCUCACACAUCUCCAUCAUCAGGUGACGGUGGUUCCGUCGCAAGCGGUACUCUGGGGCGAGCGAGUGGUGAUGCUGUAGGCCCAAAGGCUUUAGAUCACACCUCCCAAGUUCUUGUCGGCAAUGAUAACUUUGCUUACGACGGUAACAGCGUCGGUGGAGAAGUCGGACAGUCAGUAUCGUCUGAACGGCCAUCCUCUACUGCUACUUCCACUCUACGGACAGAAGCGUCACCGGCACCUCGCCGAAAAUACACGGCUCCUUCUGUUGAUUACCCUGCCCCUCCCGACUCCAGAUCUUGCUGCGUACUGCUCUAGGCUUUUUGUUUCUAAAGGAUUCGUAUAUACACGGCAGUUUUCUAUACCUACAUUGAGUGUUAUUUUACUGCAAACGAUGAAAUAUUCUCAAUUGUUUUUUUCUCUCCCAUCCCCAUUUCUGUCAUUUUUUCAGUGCAAGUGAUCGAGUGGAUAAUUUGGUCUGCCUAUUCUGCUCCUGCGAUAAAGAUCUCAUCUAAUUAUAUUGGCCAUGAUUUUAAUUUAUUUGUCAAAAAGUUGCUUUCUAAAAAUCAAAGUUAUUCCUAAAAUUUAAUGCCUCGAUUUCAACAUUUGCUCGCUCGAUUUCAACUGCAACCUGCAUUAUAGUUCGUCGCGAUUGCUGCUGUAAGCAGUGCAUAGAUCCUCGAUAACCGAAUGCUUCAGAAUCCUCUGGAAUUGAUGCAGCAUUGACAACCUUUACAGUAGUUAUAAAAUUGAUGAGUGUCGAAAGAUGUUGAUAAUGUUUUUGUUAACCGUUAUUUGAUGGUUAGACUAAUAUUACAAAAAUAUUUGUUGCACGAGAUUCUGGACUAA